ACGUAACAGAAUAUGCGCGCGCUGUCGCGUCGACAUCUUGUGCACCACAUGACCUCGUUGCCGUGUCCCGUGACCAGCUCACGUGAAUUUUGACAAAUUCAAACGUUUUUUGACGAAAAAAUGGAUAUUCUAGAGCAACAUCUUGAGCAACAGAACACAAGUACUCCUACCGCUAAAGAUGAAGAUAGUACUUCUAUAGUUAUUGAAGAAGCUGAAAUAGUUGAUUGUGAUGCAUUUGAUCCCCUUACAGCGGAAAAUGUGGAAGAGGAUGGUGUUCACUACCAAGAAACACUGGCCUAUAGAGUUGUUCAAGUAAACGGCAAUACUGUGAGCAAUGAAAUCGAAUUACCUAUGACAGCGCAAGGGAAUAAUGCUGUACAAGUUCUCACUUCACCAAUUAACAGACAGUUUUAUGUCAUCGGAAAUGCCAACGAUGUUUUUACAACGUCACAAGCUACUCGAUCGUUAGCACCACGAACAACUACUCUUCAAAUUGAAACUCCUAGAAAUACUACACCCGGAAUUAAAAAACGAGAUGAUAGAAGAAGAGCCACACAUAAUGAAGUUGAGCGUCGACGACGAGAUAAAAUCAACAAUUGGAUUGCUAAACUUGGAAAAAUUAUUCCAGAAUGUAAUAACAGUACAAGUAAUGGCAAUGGUGGCAGUGGAGAAGGAAAAACUAAUUAUGAAACACAGAGCAAAGGUGGUAUUCUAGCGAAAGCUUGUGAAUAUAUUGGCGAACUUCGAGCAGCCAAUCAAGGGCUUGGACAAUGUCUGAGAGAUAACGAAAAAUUAAGACAAGAAGUUUCUGCAUUAAAACAGCUGGUAAACCAAUUAAAACGUGAAAAUGCUCAGCUCAGGUCUGGAGCAACUGUAAAUGUUGUUACGACAAAUACAGAUAUAACUCAACCUUAGUUGUAAUGAUUCAUCAUUUGCAAUUAAGGAGUGUAAAUAAUAUUCAAUCUUAGAAGCCAUUAUUACAGAGUUCGUUACUAUUACAGAAACAGACAUUAAAAUUAUUUUUUUUCUAUUUUAAUUUUGUUUAUUUAGUGACAAGAAAAAAUUUAAAUAAUUUUGUUGAAAAAUAGGAAUAAUUCAACGACUGUACAUGGGGGUUUAUAAUUUUUAUUGGAAUAUUUGUUAAAUUUUAUGAUUUUUUUAAAAUAAUCUAAGCUAUUAAAUAAUUUACACUGUCUGUUAGUUAAUCAAAUUAACAAACUUAUAAGCAGCUUUAACACUUUUCGAUCAGAAACAAUCUCGACAAUGAAGACUCAUGCGCGAUAGGCAAGGCUGUGAAAAACAAAUGCCCGGUUUGAUGAUUGAUAUAAUUGAUUUUGUACAUUUUUCUAUUGGUUUUUUUUUUUUAAUCUAUAUUUAUGACAUUUAAAAAUACUAAUAAUUAAGUUAUUUUUGUACCAUUUUUUUAAGAAUCUGUUGAAAGAUUCACUUUUAAUUUUAUUUUUCUCAGACAAUUGAAAGAGCUUCGUAGAAAAAAAUAUUUCUGUAACUAUUCAUAAAUGAUAAACAAAGUAAGGGAUCAAUUGUGAAGUUAAUAGAACAAUAAGCCGAAAAUAUAUGUACAUAUAUCUAUGUACAUGUAAAAUAGCAAUAAUACGAAUAAAGAUUGACUAAGCACUUAACCCCAUGUACAGUUCAAUAAUUAAAAAUAAUGAAAAGAUUUAUUAAAAUGCAAUGAUUAGAAAGUAUCAUAGACUUGUAAUAUAUUGUUAAUGUAUAUAUCGUGGGGUUAUUGUUAUAUAAUUAUUAAAGAAGAAAUUUACA